CCCCUUGAUCAAAGCCAGUGCUACAUAUCUAAGUAUUCCAACUAAAAAUAAUAGAUAUGUGCAUUGUAGUUUUUGCUUGGAAAGUUCACCCUCUCUACCCUUUUCUUCUCUUGCUUAAUAGAGAUGAGUAUCACCACAGGCCAACGAAGUCGAUUGGGUGGUGGGAGGGUGGAGAGAUAUUAGGAGGUAGAGACGAGGUGGCCGGAGGGACGUGGUUGGCAUGUACAAGAGAUGGUAGAGUAUCAUUUCUUACCAAUGUCUUGGAGCUUCACACUCUUCCUGAAGCCAAAAGUAGAGGGGAUCUUCCAUUGCGUUUCUUGGAGAGCAAGAAGAGUUCAGAGGAAUUUGCAAAGGAAAUAGUGAAGGAGGUUCAUGAGUACAAUGGGUUCAACCUCAUAACUCUUGAUCUUUCUUCAAACAAGAUGUUUUACAUAUCAAACAGACCAAAAGGUGAACCACCAACGGUUCAACAAGUUCAACCAGGCAUCCAUGUUCUCUCCAAUGCCAAGCUCAACGUCCCUUGGCCCAAGGUUCAACGUUUGAAGUUGAAUUUCAAAAGAUUGCUAAGUACGUAUGAUGAUGACGAGGACAUACCCAUUAAGGAUAUGAUCGACAAACUGAUGAGAGACGACACAAAAGCGGACAAGAGUCAACUUCCUAAUAUUUGUUCGAUUGACUGGGAAUACAAUCUAAGCUCGAUAUUUGUCGAAGUAGACACUCCACUUGGACGUUACGGUACUAGAAGCAUGAUUGCACUAAGCAUAAGAGAUACCGAAGAAGCAAGUUUACAUGAGACCUACGUUGAAAAGGAAUUAUGGUGGGAGAAAACCAUCAACUAUUAUAUCAAUUCUAAAGUUAAAAUAAAUGAUAUCACUUUAGUAUGACCAAAAAAGGAUACUUUUACAUUUAAACUACAAUAUUUGAAUUUUUAUAUCUUUCCCAUUAUAAUAUAUAUACAAAAAUAAAUAUAGGCACAAUAAUUCCCAUUGUAAAUACAUGUUCAUCCCAUAUGUGAUCAUGGAUUUAUUGUAGUGGAAUAAAUGCUUGUAUAAAUAUUACUACAAUCGAAUGAAAAAGACGAAACAUUAUAUAAAGCUCUUUGUUGAUAUG